GUCACGCCUUGUGCCACGCACGCCGCCCCGGCUGACGAUCGCCCGCGCUCCCCGCUCGCCUCUCGCGCCCCGAGCUUGCGAUGAACCCGGCUCGCUCUCCGCCGCCGCUACUGCUGCUGCCCCUGCUGCUGCUGCCCCUGCUGCUGCCCCUGCUGCUCCUGCUGCUGGAGCCGCGACCCACGGCAGCCGCCAAGAUCCCCGAGGCGGAGGUGAAGGUGGAGGUGACGCACCGGCCAUUCCUGUGCCACCGCAAGAGCAAGCGAGGCGACCUCGUGGCGCUGUCCUACCGCGGCUUCCUCGAGAACGGGACCCGCUUCCACUCCACUGACGAGCACAACAAUGGCCACCCGGUGUGGGUGACGCUGGGGGUGGGCGAGGUGAUCCGGGGCUGGGACCGCGGCCUCGUGGGCAUGUGUGUGGGCGAGAAGCGGCGCCUCACCGUGCCGCCCACCCUCGCCUACGGCAAGGAGGGCAAGGGUGAGGGGCCCCCGGACGCGACGCUCAUCUUCGACAUGGAGCUGCACGAGAUCCGGAACGGCCCCCGCUCCCACGAGUCCUUCCAGGAGAUGGACCUCGACGACGACUGGAAGCUGUCGCGCAUCGAGGUGGAGGAGUACCUCCGCAAGGAGUUCUCCAAGUCCGGUGUGAACCACAACGAGUCGUACCAGGGCCUCGUCGAAGACAUCUUCACCAAGGAGGACGAGGAUGAGGACGGCUUCAUAUCAGCUCGCGAGUUCACCUACCGGCACGACGAGCUGUGA